CCCAAAUGCCUUAUCCUAACCCAGGUGGUUCUCGUCUGGUGAAGAGAAAGACCGUCAUGGUUUUGGUCAGGACAUAACCAAUCUCUGUCUUUCUCUCUCCUUUUCCAGAAGGUUUAUCUCUCUAAAACACAGAGAAGAUGUUAUCCAUGGCAUUUCAAUCUGGUGUAAAUAACGUGUUCACUUAUUAUUCAUUGCCUAGCCGAACCCCUAGUUGCAAAACAUUCAAAGCCACAAUCUCUGUCAAUCCCAAACCAAAUCCGAUACGCUCUUCAACAUUUUUUGACCGGAAAAGGAGACACGUUUCAAGAAACCAAAGAUACACAACUUUUGCAGUCCCAGAAGCUCUCGCAGCUGAAACACCCGCCGAUGCUCCACCAUCCAAUGCAGCAGAAGAAUCCAUCCCCAUCCAAGAAACCGAGAAAGCGGAGUUGGUGGUGAAGCAAGUGGAGAAGCCAAGGCUGGUGCUGAAGUUUGUAUGGAUGGAGAAGAACAUCGGGCUGGCUCUUGAUCAGGUGAUACCUGGACAUGGCACUGUCCCAUUGAGUCCUUACUUUUUUUGGCCUAGGAAGGAUGCAUGGGAAGAGCUUAAAGCUACUCUAGAGAGUAAGCCAUGGAUAUCCCAGAAGAAGAUGAUCAUACUUCUCAAUCAGGCCACGGAUAUCAUCAAUUUGUGGCAGCAAAGUGGUGGUAAUCUUACCGCACAAUGAAAUUGAUGGUCACGUUUUUUUGGGGUGCGGAAUUGGGGUUUGUUUUGCAGUUCGUUGUUGUGUUUAGGUUGUAGCUCGUUUACAUCCUUUUGGAUCUUUCUUUCUGGUAUGAUUGAAAGUUGAGAUAUGUUCGUGCUAACUGUAUUCACGUUUUAUGGUUUGUUAUGGUAUUUUUCCCAGUUGAAGUUGAAUUA